GCCGCUGCUGCCGCCGCCUCUGUGUCCCGGGAGCGGGCGCUGGACUACUACGGCCUGUACGACGACCGCGGGCGGCCCUACGGCUACCCGGCGGUGUGCGAGGAGGACCUGAUGCCCGAGGACGACCAGCGCGCCACGCGGAACCUGUUCAUCGGGAACCUGGACCACAGCGUGUCGGAGGUGGAGCUGCGGCGCGCCUUCGAGAAGUACGGCAUCAUCGAGGAGGUGGUCAUCAAGAGGCCCGCGCGCGGCCAGGGCGGCGCCUACGCCUUCCUCAAGUUCCAGAACCUGGACAUGGCCCACCGGGCCAAGGUGGCCAUGUCCGGGCGCGUGGUUGGCCGCAACCCCAUCAAGAUCGGCUACGGAAAGGCCAACCCCACCACUCGCCUCUGGGUGGGGGGCUUGGGCCCCAACACGUCGCUGGCGGCCCUGGCCCGGGAGUUUGACCGCUUCGGGAGCAUCAGGACCAUCGAUCACGUGAAGGGAGACAGCUUUGCCUACAUCCAGUACGAGAGCCUAGACGCGGCGCAGGCGGCCUGUGCCAAAAUGAGGGGCUUUCCCCUGGGCGGCCCAGACCGCCGGCUCCGGGUGGAUUUUGCCAAAGCCGAGGAGACCCGCUACCCGCAGCAGUACCAGCCCUCGGCGCUCCCCGUGCACUACGAGCUGCUCCCCGAUGGGUACACCCGGCAUCGGAACCUCGAUCCCGACCUGAGGGUGCGGGACAGGACCCCCCCGCACCUCCUGUACUCGGACCGCGAGCGGACCUUCUUGGAGGCCGAGUGGACCAGCCCCCCUAAGAGCUCGGAGCGCCGAAACAGCCUGGAGGGCUACAGCCGCUCGGUGCGGAGCCGGAGCGGGGAGCGCUGGGCGGAUGCGGAGCGCGUGGUCCCCAAGCCCUGGGAGGAGAGGCGGAAGCGCAGGAGCCUGUCCAGCGAGCGCGGCCGCACCUCCCACUCCCCCUAUGAGGACCAGCGCAGGACCAAGGGCGGUGGGCAGCAGCUGGAGCGAGGCUCUGACCGCACCCCUGAGCGCCCCCGAAAGGAGAACCACGCGGGCGAAGGGACCAAGGAAGCGGGCAGCAACUCCUUGAGCAACAGCAGGCACGGGGCCGAGGAGCGCGCCCACCACCACCACCACGACGCCCCCGAGGCUUCCCACGGGAAGAAGGGCAGAGACAGCGAGCGCAAUCAUCGGACCGCCGAGGCAGAGGCCAAGCCACCCGAAGAGCCCAAACACGAGACCAAAAAGCUCAAGACUCUCUCCGAGUAUGCCCAGACGCUCCAGUUGGGUUGGAACGGGCUGCUUGUGCUGAAAAACAGCUGCUUCUCAACAUCUAUGCACAUUCUAGAGGGGGACCAGGGGGUCAUCAGCGGUCUCCUCAAAGACCACGCCUCCGGGAGUAAGCUAACCCAGCUGAAGAUCGCCCAGCGCCUUCGGCUGGACCAACCCAAGCUGGACGAGGUCACGCGCCGCAUCAAACAGGGGAGCCCCAAUGGUUACGCCGUGCUCCUGGCCACCCAGGCCACCCCCGGCGGGCCUGGCACCGAGGGGACGCCCUCCGUGGAGCCCGGCCUGCAGAGGCGGCUUCUCAGGAACUUGGUCUCCUACUUGAAACAGAAGCAGGCGGCGGGGGUCAUCAGCCUGCCGGUGGGGGGGUCCAAGGGCAGAGACAGCACGGGCAUGCUCUAUGCCUUCCCGCCCUGCGACUUUUCCCAGCAGUACCUCCAGUCGGCACUGAGGACAUUGGGCAAGCUAGAGGAGGAGCACAUGGUGAUCGUGAUAGUGAGGGAUGCGGCGUAG